UUUUUUUUCCAGGCUAUACAGUACAGUACUGUAUAGUAGUUAUUCCCCUUUGUUUAUACCACGCCAUUAUUUUAUAAACAGUGUCGUUCUCGACUUUGAAAGAAUUCUGCAAUGUCAAAAAGAUACCACUCAAAUGAAGAGAGACAGGACAACAAAAGAAGGAGAAAUGAAGGACCCCCUCCAGAAAUGUACACAGUAUUUCAGGGAGAAAUAGCAUCUGUGAAAGAGUACGGGGUGUUUGUAAAAAUACCAGGAAACUCUAGGCAAGGGUUGGUGCACAAGUCACAGAUUUCCCAAUCUCGUGUAGAUGACCCUUCAGAGAUGUUUGCUAAGGGAGAAGUGGUGUAUUGUAAAGUGAUAUCUAUUCAAGAAGAUGGAGAAAAAAUAGGCUUGGCAAUGAAAACAGUAAAUCAAACCACAGGGCAAGAUCAGGAUCCGAAUAAUAUAGAGUUAAGUCAGGAUGAAAAGAAGAGAAGACAGUUUGGUGAUAGAUCACAAAGGCAGAAGAUUAUUCUAGAAGCUGUACUGGAUACAACCUGUAAAAAGUGUGGCGGUAAAGGUCAUCUAGCACAGGAUUGUUUUAAAACUGGUGAAGGCAGCUAUGAUUUGAUACCAGAUUUAGAUGACUACAUGCAAUCAGUGGGUACUGAACAAACUAAAUCUACAGAAACAAAAAAGUCUAAGGAAAAGAAAAAACAUAAAGAGAAGAAAAAGAAGAAAGAAAAAAAGAAAAGAAAGAAGGAAAGAAAACACAGUAGCACAGACUCAGAUGAUUCUAGCAGUAAUCGUAGACAGGAAAAAAAGAAGUUGAAGAAGAAGUAUAGAUCAUCAUCAGAGAGCUCUGAUAGUGAUAAUCAUACUAGAAAACAUAAGAGUAAGAAGAAAAGUCAUCAUAAAAAGUCCAGAUCAAGUAGUACAGACAGUAGAUAGUAGCAUACAUACAUGUAUAAAUAAUAUAGAAUUCCUCACAUAUAUAUGUGGUGACAGUGACCUUCACACCUCUUGGAUGCUUUACAGAAAUAGGUCAAGGUCAUUGUUAACUAAAACCUUAAUGUUAAGCUGUAGGGGACAAGCACACUUUCUAAAACUUACUUUAAGAAUAUAUGAAUCAUUCUCCUCAUCUGGAGUUUUAAAACCUAUAUUUUAUGUAAGCUUCAUUUGAUUUAUGUCCCCUUAGUUUCUGUGGACAUUAUGUUGACAGAAACUAAAUUUAUAUGCAAAGUCAUGUAUAUGGUUGAUCCACAGUGAUAAAUCCACAGUGAUAAAUCAUCUUAUUUCCUAUUUGCACAAGAAAUGAACAAGAUAAAAUAAAUAGGCUCCCAAGAAAGAUACAGUGAUUGGAAGUAGAAGUAGCAGGUGCUUGUGUUCGCUAAAGACA